AUGGCAAAGCCAAAGUCGGGUGCUGCCAACGGCGCACCCACCGCCACCUCCACGGCCGCGCCGCCCACUGCCGACGGCACCACGCCCGCAGCCCAGGCUUCCACCUCGUCCUCGGCCGCCAACGCAGCGGCAAAGGGAAAGCACUACGCCUCGCUGGAGCUGCACGACGCCGCGUUCACCUCGCUGCUCCACCUCAUCCCCCCGCAGUUUUACCUGAUCAAGGACGCAGACCAGCAGGACCUCGAGGAGCAGCAGGGCCUCCACUCGUCAAAGUACCUCAAAAACAAGCGCAAGCAGUCCAAGUCCGAGGCAGAGGCGCGCGAGCGCAAGGAAAAGAUCCGCGAGCACAAAAAGCAGAAGCUCGACCCGGACAACUUCAAGACCAUCCCCGACCUGCAGCAGGAGAGGGCCGCAAAGGCCAGGGCCGCCGCUGUCGCCGGCGACGGCGAGGGCGACGAAGAGGGUCUCGAGAUGGAUGUCGAUGGGCUUGACGGCCAGGACGACGACGAAGAGGAUGAGGAGGAUGACGACGACGACGACGACGACGAGGGCGCCGGCGACACCGACAACGACUUUGACGACUCGGACGUCGAGGACCUCACCCCCGUCGCUGCCAGGCCCAAUGGCAAGGCUUCGUCCGGCGCAGUCCAGACCGAGGGCGAGCGCAAGGCCUCGAUCGAGGCCCUUCGCGCCCGCCUGCACGCCAAGAUCCAGGGCCUGCAGAAGAAGCGGCGCACCGGGUCCAACACGCUCGAGCUCGGCGUGCGCUCCAGCGGCGCUGCUGCGGGCAACGGCGACGAGAGCCUCAACGGCCACGCACAGGGAGGCGCCGAGGGCGAGGGCGGCAGCACGAUCUCGAGCAAGGACGACCUGCUCGAGGAGAGGCGGAGGCAGCGCGGCGAGAUGCGCGAUCGAAGGCGGCGCGAGAGAAAAGAGGCGCGCCGCGCGGCCCAGGCCCAGGAGGCCGACAAGAACGCCAAGAAGGGCAAGAAUUCCGGCAAGGCCGGCACCGCCGCCAACGGCGCGUCGGCCAGCGCCGGCGCACUGGGCAAGGGCAACCCGCGCCCUCCAGCGCUGCUGGUGCCCGACGUGGCGUCUGGUGCGUCGUCGUCGUCGUCGGCAGCGGCCAAGUCGGCCGUGUCGCCGGGCACCUCCCUGUCGUUCAACGCCAUCGCCUUUACGGGUCGCCAGCCCGAGGCGAAAAAGUCUCGCCUCUCGCUGCCGUCGGACCCCAAGGCGGCGCUGCAGGCGCUCGAGGCGCGCAAGGCGCGCGACGAGAAGCGCAAGGAGAAGCUCCUCUCGACGGCGGCCGGCGGCGAGGGCGGCGAUGCCAAGCAGGUACUGCAGGAGUUCGAGGAGGGCAAGAAGUGGGAGCGCGCCCUGGCCGCCGCCGAGGGCGUCAAGAUCCGCGACGACGAGAAGCUGCUCAAGAAGGCGGUCAAGAAGAAGGAAAAGGCAAAGGAGAAGAGCUCAAAGGCAUGGCUGGAGCGCAAGGAAGCCGAAAAAGAGACGCAGGCGGCGCGUCAGAAGAAGCGAAACGACAACCUGGCCGACCGCAAGGGUGCCGCGUCGAAAAAGGGCGCUGCCGGCGCAUCCAAAAAGACGACGUCGUCGAUUUCCAAAAACCUAAAGACGCCCCGGUCCAAGGCGACGGCGGGCAAGCCUGGGGCUGGUGGCGGCGCUGGUGGUGGUGGGAGGGGAGGGGGUUCGACAAGAGGAGGAGGUCGACCUGGGUUCGAGGGCAAGUCGACCAGACCUGGUGCCGGACGUGGUGCGAGGUCCGGCGGUCGCGGUGGUGGCGCCGGUGGGGGGAGGAAGAAGUAG